AUGGACAACCUGUACAACACAUCAUCUACUUUGGUGCUAAGUGGCUUUAAUCUCCCUCCUGAAAGUGUCAUUCCUGCAUUUCUUUUUGCAACUCUGAGCUACAUGAUCAUACUUUUCUCCAACCUUAUUCUAAUCCUCACCAUUGUACUAAACAAAUCUUUGCAUCAGCCCAUGUAUCUAAUUUUGCUCAACCUUCCUAUCAAUGACCUUAUAGGCUCCACAGCACUCUUUCCACAGAUCAUUAAAGAAGUACUGACCAACAGCAGGACUAUGCAAUACUCAGCUUGUGUUGUCCAAGCGUUUUUUAUCCAUAUCUAUGCAGGAGGUACUGUGUUUAUUCUGACUGCUAUGGCAUACGAUAGAUACAUUGCUAUAUGUUGCCCUUUGAAAUACAACACUGUUAUGACUAAUGCUCACAUUAUGAAAAUAAUCACAACUGUAUGGAUAAGUUGUUUAAUUUUAAUAACUGUGCUUUUUAUUCUGCUUUUGCGUUUACCCCGCUGUCGAUCGGAAAUGACUCACCUCUACUGUGAUAAUCCAUCUUUGCUGUCUCUGGUCUGUGCCAACACUACCAUCAAUAACAUUUACGGGCUUUUUAUAGUUGCUCUUACACAAGUGAUUGCUAAUGGAAUGAUUUUGUAUACAUAUCUCCAGAUCCUUGUUGCAUGCUUCAGAUCUAAACGAUCAGACACUAAGACCAAAGCUCUGCAAACCUGUGCUACACACCUAACAGUUUUUCUCCUGUUGGAGUGUCUGGGGCUUUUCACUAUCAUAUCAUAUAGAAUAAAAAACAUUUCUCCACAUUUAAGGAGAUUCAUGGGGGUGUCAACAUUAAUUUUCCCCCCAACAGUGAAUCCAAUCAUCUAUGGACUGAAAACAAAAGAAAUUAAAGAAAAAGUAGUGCACUUUUUAAGAAAUAAAAUCCUUCCAAGUUGA